AGAGCCUCUGUCUCAGAGGUAGGCACCAAGCUUUCAAGUUCCUUCCCCUGAAUCCAAGGAGUAAUUCAUUCCUGUACAGCGGUAGGAAGGAAUGCAGAUGGCUGUCUUCUCUUCUUCCCUGUUUCUGUUCAUCUUUGUCUGGAGCACAGAGCUGGGAGCUGAGGGUCAAGAAUUCCACUUUGGACACUGUUGGGUACAACGGGGAACUCUUCAAGACUUACGGAGGGCCUUCCAGUCUUUAAGGAGCACUGUGCAAGCCCUGGACCACAACACAGACAUCCGGCUGCUGCGGCAGGAGUUUCUCCGGAAUGCCUCGUUGGCUGAAAUCUGUCACCUCAACUACUCCCUGCUGAAUUUUUAUUUGAGCAACAUUUUCAAUAAGUACCACACAAAGGCAGAGGAACUUGGGAUCUUGACACCAUUCACUACUUUGGCCAACAACUUCUUUGCCAUCCUGAAGAAACUUCAGCGUUGUAAGGAAAGAGGGAUGUUUUCUUUAAGCGAGAGUUCCCAAAGGAAGUUUCAGCUAUUCCAGCAAGAAUUUACAAAGUUGAACCCAGAAGUGAGGCUGACAAAGGCCUUGGGAGAAGUGGACAUUCUCUUAGCCUGGAUGGAGAAAGCCUUUCGGCCAUGAUGCUGCAGCCCACCUGCUAUCCAAAAUUCCCCACCAUUUCAAUCAUGUGCCACGUCCUGUGACUUUUCUAUGUGUCAUUUCUUCCUGCCAGCGAUGUUGCUCUGUGCUGAGGCUGCUCCCAGCCUCUCUACAUUCCCUUUUUAGUAGUCACAAUUCAGCCACUCUACUCAGGGAGGCUACACUAAGUUGCUGUGAAUAAUUCUCAAAGCGGAUGACAAAAUGCUGGCUAGUUGUAAACUGUAUUUAUUCCAAAUGUAUUUAAUAAUUUAUUUUUAUUUAUA